GUUUGUAGACGGUGAGCUGAAUAUUUGUUACAAUGCCGUAGACCGUCAUGUUGAGAACGGACAAGGAGAACACACUGCCAUCAUUUAUGACAGCCCUGUAACAAAUACCAAAGAGAAAAUAACAUAUAAGGAACUUCUUGAACAGGUCUCCAAGUUAGCUGAUGUCAUGGUGAAACACGGUGUGAGGAAAGGAGACCGUGUGGUCAUCUACAUGCCCAUGAUUCCACAGACAGUGUACUGUAUGCUGGCUUGUGCAAGAAUAGGAGCCAUCCAUAGCCUUAUUUUUGGUGGAUUUGCGUCAAAAGAGCUUUCUGUUCGCAUUGACCAUGCAAAGCCUAAACUUAUUGUAACAGCAAGUUUUGGAGUAGAACCAAAAAGGAAAGUGGAAUACAUAUCCCUUCUGGAAGGAGCCCUGGCAAGAGUACAGAACAAACCUGAGAAAGUUCUCAUUUACAGGCGACCUAACCUGGGCCAUGUUCCUCUUGUCCCAGGUCGUGAUCUGGACUGGGAGGAAGAGCUUGCAAAAGCACAGCGUUAUGAAUGUGUCUCUGUUCCUUCAGACCAUCCACUUUAUAUUCUGUAUACAUCCGGAACAACAGGUUUGCCCAAGGGUGUUGUCAGACCAACAGGUGGCUAUGCAGUUAUGCUGAACUGGACAAUGUCAGCUGUAUACGGACUCAAACCUGGUGAGGUGUGGUGGGCAGCAUCUGAUUUAGGCUGGGUCGUUGGUCAUUCCUACAUUUGCUAUGGGCCUCUUCUUCAUGGGAACACUACAGUUUUGUAUGAGGGGAAGCCUGUGGGAACGCCAGAUGCUGGUGCCUAUUUCCGUGUGCUAGCAGAGCAUGAAGUAGCUGCCGCCUUUACUUCACCGACCGCAAUUAGAGCAAUCCGUCAGCAGGACCCGGAGGCAGCUUUGGGAAAGCAGUACUCUCUGACAAGGUUCAGAACGUUAUUUGUAGCUGGCGAGCACUGUGAUGUGGAUACACUAGAAUGGUCAAAAAAAGUCUUCAAGGUGCCUGUCUUAGACCACUGGUGGCAGACUGAGACUGGCUCUGCAAUUACUGCUUCCUGCAUUGGUCUGGGGAAUUCUACCUCGCCUCCACCCGGGCAGGCAGGAAAACCAGUCCCAGGAUACAACGUGAUGGUUCUGAAUGAAAAGAAGGAACCAGUGAAGGCGAAAACUUUAGGAAACAUUGUGGUAAAGUAAGCAAACU